CUGUCAAGGCUGGGGCCGGGGCAGGAGUGGACGAGCGAGAGGCGGCUGUGCAUGCCAGUGUCGACCUUCGGCUGAACCGGCCACCACGACAAGGCCGGUGGCUGCCUACCGUAGAUCGCAAUUGAUUAGAUGCUAACAUUUAUACAGAAUAUGGGUCAAAGAUGACACAAGGAAAGCAAGCAAAGCUCACAAAAGAAUGUCAGCCCCAAGUACCGAAUAGCUCUGUUAGAGUGCACAAUGUAUCAAGAACAAUGCUCUAGCUCGCAAAUUCAUUGCCUGAAUUGCUAAAGCACUUGAUUCAACGACCCCGAUGGGUCAUGGGUGAUGACCCAGCAACCCGCCAAUCAGAUGCAACCUCCCUCCGCGACGUGCCAGAAUGAGCUAUGUACCUAAUAGAUGACCGUUAGAAUGGUUCCCUAAAAUUGCUGUCUUAAUGGCGAAUUAGUAGCCUUCUUAGGGAGUUAGUGUCCAUUCGAUACGUCAGUUGGAUACCGUAUGCUAGCUAGGGCCACAAGCAACUGAAGUACAUCAUCUAAGCUUACCAUGAGUUGAACGUAAUCAAUAUAGCACCUUGUGGAGUCGAGAGGCCAAAUGGCGCGAGUGCCCUACCUCCCAGGUCCCGCCGGACGCCUGCAAGCACUUCGCGAUGCCGGCCAGCCAAUCACCCCAGCCAGCCUGGGACUGGUGGAUCCCGGGGGUGCAGCCGGAGGCGGCAUGGGGGCCCUCAGCGGCGGACUGUACGGCAGCGCCACGGGUGUGGACGGCAGCGAUCCGGACUUCUCCUCGCCCGCCUGGAUGGCGGCGCUGGCGAGCUUCGACGCGGAGAGCUACGAUGACGCCCGCGUGCUGCUGCCUCACUCGCUGCGCAGCGCCGCUGAGCAGCCCUUCCGCAAGGUGCCCCGCCUGUUGGCGCUGGUGGCGGCGCUGACGCCCUCGCCCGCGGGGGACGCAUUCGCACUGCUCAAGGAUCCGGAGGGCCAGAUGGGCGCGGCGCUGCACCGGGACGUGCUGGAGGCGGCGGGCAGCCAGCUGGCGCCUCGGGCGGUACUGCUGCUGCAGCAGGUGUGUGUGGUGAGCCCCUGUCAAGGGCUCUGCUACCUCUGUGUCACCGCAGACAACGUCAUGCGGGUGUUUCCGGCCGCUGCAGCCCCCCAUCCCGGGCCGCUGCGGGCCCCCCGCAUGCCCGCACCUCCGCGCCCCGCCUUCACCCAGACCACCCUCACGCAGCACCAGCCAAGCCAAGCCACGCAGCAGCAGCCCUCGCAGGGCCAUCCCGUCCUGCGGGCUCCUCAACUUCGACACGGCACUCAACAGCAGCAACAGCGGUUCGGUGCUGCUGCUCCUGCGGACUCCCAAGGCUUUUUCGGCGGCAUGCGUGGUGGCGGAGGUGGAGGUGGUGCUGGCAGGGCCUUCCCUGCCGCCACGGCCACCACAGGCGGCUCACAGCAAGUCACGUUCAACGGUCUCAACGACUUUAUGGAUUUUGACAACGAUGACGACACGGCCACCACCAUUGCGGGACCGCCGCCGCCGCCGCUUGCAGCAAAUGUUAGGGGCACUGCCGCCAACGCCGCCUCAGCAGCAGCAGCCGCAGCGGCCGGUUGUGGACUGGCCCCACAUUCGGCUGCACAGCAACGGCAACAGCAGCAGCACCAGCAGCACCAGCAGCGGCCCCAGGGCGGCGGGGCAGCAGCAGCAGCAGGGGCUGGAGGUGUUGCUGGUACUGCUGACGGCGGUGCAGGUCGGCGUGCCAUGCGGAGGAACGUGGGCUUGGGUUUGGGUCUGUUGGACAAGGACUUGGAUCUGGAUCUUGACUUUGGAGAUCUGGAUCGCGACGAGGAGCGGCUCACUGCGGGGCCAGGGGGUGCCGGAGGGCGACCCGCGCCUGCAGCAGUAGGUUGCGGCAUGCCGCCUGCGGUACCCCCACCCGGCGUCGGAGGGCGACCUGUUGGCGGGUCGGCGGCAGCGGCAACGGCAGUUGGGCUGAUGGGCCCGCCGCCGCCUCGCCGCCCGACCCAACUGCAACCGCCGCCGUCGUUGGGAGUCGCAGCAGCGAUGCCGGCACCACCGCCGCCGGCGACGACAGCGGGUCCUGCAAGACCCACGGCAAGCAGCGGCAGCAACGCCACGUCAGCAGGCGGUGCUCCGGGCGGACGGCGACGGCGCAUGGUCGGUCUGGAUGACGACGACAUGGAUGUGGAUUUGGACCUGGGUUUGGAUCUGGAUUUGGGUUUGGGGCCUGGGGCAGACCUCGGGAGUGGCUUAGGACCAGGGGGACCCGACCGGGGUCCGGGGCCCUCUGCGGUUGGAGGUCCGCAGCGGACUGCGGGAGCCAUGCAGGCGGCGGGCCGGGGAGGUCCUCCGCAACCGCCACAGCAGCAACCGCCGCACCAACCGCCACAACGACCCCAGCAGCAACUGCCGCAACAGCCGGCACUGCAAGACCAGCGCAGGGAGCAAGGAGCGGCAAUGCGCGGACCGCCGCCGGCUCCGCAGCUGCAGCAGCAGCCGGGUAUGGUGGACCCCAGGCAUACCCCAGCCGCGGCGGUACCGAAGACCAACGCGGGUAAUGCUACCCGAAACCUGGACAGAGAUGUACGACAGGCGCCAGAUCAGGGCCGGUCUUCCCACGUCAG